AUGGGUAUUAUUAAGUGUGGGGGGGUUGGUAUUGGUGGUUGUUGUGGUGGUGGUUGUGUUUGGGGUUGUGGUGGGGUUUGUUGUUGGUUGUUUUGUGUGGUGGUUUUGGGUUGGUGGGGUGGGGGUGGGGGGGGGUGUGGGGGUGUGUGGUGGGGUGUGUGGAGGGGUGGUGGGUUGUUGUUUGUUGUUGUUGGGUGGGGGUGUGUGUUGGGUUGGUGGGGUUGGGGUUUUGUGUGGUGGGGGGGAUUGGGUGGGGGUUGUGUGUGUUGGGGGGUGGGGUGGGGGUGGGUGGGGGGGGUUUGGGGUGGGUGGGGUGGGUUGGUUUGGUGGGGUGUUUGGUGUGGUGGUGGUUGGGGGGGGUGGGGGGGGGGGGGGGGGGUGUUGUUUUGUGGGUGGGGAGGUGUUUUUUUUUGUAUUUUUUUUUUGUUUUGUUUGUGUUUUUUUGUUUGUGUUGUGUUGGGGUGGUGGAGGUGUGUGUUGGGUUGGUUGGGUGGGUUGGUGGGUGUGGUGGUGGUGUUGGUGUUGUUGGGGGGUGGGGUGUGGGUUGGGUGGUUGUUGUUGUUGGGGGGGGGUGGGGGUGGGGUGGGGUGGUUGGGUGUUGGUGUGUGGGUGGGGUGUUGGGGGGGGGUGGGUGGUGUGGGGGGUGUGUGUGGGGGGGGUGGGGGGUGGUGGGUGGUGGGGUUUGUGUGUUGGUGGUGUGUGGGGGGGGGGGGGGUGGGGGGUGGUGGGGUGGGUGUGGGGGGGGGGUUGGGUUGGGGGGGGGGGGGGGUGAGGGUGGGGGGGGGGUGGGGGGGUUUGGUUUGUUUUGGGGGUGGGGGGGGGGGGGGGGGGGGUGGUGGUGGUGUGUGGGUGUGGGGUGGGGGGGGGGUUGGUGGGUGUUUGGGUGGGGGGUGUGUGGGUGGGGGGGUGGGGGUUUGUUGGUGUGGUGGGGGGGGGUGUUGGGGUGUUUGGGGGGUGGGGGGGUGGUGGUGGUUGUGUGUGGGGGGUGGUGUUUUUUUGUGUUUGGGUUGUGGGUGGGGGUUGGUGUGGUUGUGGUGGGUGGGGGGGGGGGUUUGGGGUGGUGGUGGGGGUGGGUUGGGGUGGGGGGUUGGGUGGGGGGGGGGUGUGGUGUGUUUGUGUUGUGGUUGUUGGGUGGUUUGUGGUGGUGGGGUUGGGGGGGUGGGGUUGGGGGGGGGGUGGGUUGGGGGGGGGGGUGUGGUGUGUGUGGGGGUGGUGGGGGUUGUGGGUGUGUGGUUGGGGGGUGGUUGGUGGGUGGGGGUGGGGGUGGUGGGGAUGGGUGUUGGGGUGUGGGUUUGGGGGGUGGGUGGUUUGUGGGGGUUUGUGGGGUGGGGGUUGGGGUUGUGGGGGUGUGGGUGGUGUGGUGUUGGGUGUGGUUUGUUGGUUUUGGGUGUGGGGGUGGUUUGUUGUGGUGUUGUUUGUUGGGUGGUGGGUUUGUGGGGUUUUGUUGGGUUUGGGGUGGGGGUGGUGUUUUGGUGGUGUUUGGUGGUGGUGGUUGUGUGGGUUUGGGUUGGUUGGGUGGGUGGGGUUGUGUGGGUGGGGGUUGUGUGGGGGGUGUGGGUGGGUUGGGUUGGGGUGGGGGUGUGGGUGGGGUUGUUGGUGUGUUGGUUUUGGUGUUGUGGGUUGUGUGUGGGGGUUGUUUGGGGGGGUUGGUUUGGUGGGUUGUUUUGUGGUGUGUGGUGGUUGUGGGUGGUGUUGGGGUUAUGUUGUGUGGUGGUGGGGGGUUGGGGGGGGGGGGUGUGGGGGGUGUGGUGGGUGGGUGGUGGGGUGGUGUUGGUGUGUGUGUGUGGUGGUUUGGGGGUUGUGGGGGGUGGGGGUUGGGGGGUUGGGGUGUGGUUGGGUUUGUGGGUGGGGGUGUUGUGGGGUGGUGGGGGUUGGUGUGGGUGGUGGGUUUGUGGGUGUGGGGGGGGGGUUUUUGUGGGGGUUGGGUGGUGUGGGGGGGUUUGUGGGGGGGGGGGGGGGUGGGUUGGGGAGUGGUUUUGGUGGGUGUGGUUGGGGGGUUGUUGGUGGGGGGUGUGGGGGGUUGUGGUGUGGUGGGGGUGGGGGGUGUUUGGUGUGGUGGGUGUGGGGUGGUUUGGGGGGGGGUUGGUUGGGUGGGGGUGGGUGGGGGGUUUGGGGUGUGGGGGGUGGUGGGGGUUUGGUGGUGGUGGGGGGUUAAGGGGGUGGGGUUGGUGUUGGAUGUUUAGGUUGGGGGGGGGGAGGGGGGGUGGGGUGGGGGGUGGGGGGUUGGGGAUAUGGUGUUUGGUUGUGGGGUGA